AUGCUGUUCCGAAUCCAAUCGAUGAGGGUGCUGCGGCUGAUGGCUCUUCUGGAGCUUCUAUUACUGCUCUUGCAAGUAGACUUGGUUGCUGCGGCAGGAGAGAUGGCCAAGUUUACCGAACCCCAAAUGAGUCCCGGGGUCUAUCAUCGUCAAGACAUGUGCGAACAGUUUCACCUCCAACGCAACGGGACCAUUGAGCUCCAGGAUGCAUUGUCUGGCAAGGAAUUGAACGUCUUGGUGGCCCCCGACUACUUUCAUUACGACGAGGAAACGGGAAUUGCCAACUAUCCCGGGUUGGCGGCCGUGAUUCUGGACGAGUUGGCCGAACGAGCGGGAUUUACAUGGCGGCACAGUUUUGCCGCCAGUCAUGCUCCCACUGGCGCCAACGAAAGUUGGACCGAUCUCUUGCUGUGGGGCAUUGAAGCCUACGACUUGAAUGCCGACUGGUGGGCCCAAAACUUGGAUCGCAUGAAUCAGGGGGCCGUCUUUCACGAAGAUUGGUACGAUGGAAGCAUCAUUCUCAUUACCAAAACAGUGCCAGAAGUCAUUAGUGACGAGAUUGUAUGGACCAACUGGAUGUUGCCCUAUGAACCCAGUGUUUGGGCCCUCACGGUCUUUACCAUUGUCCUCUCUGGUAUUGUCUACCAAAUCAUUGAAUGGCUGGCCGAUGACAGAGGCAAUCGGUCACUAUGGGAAUGGUGGCAAGAAAACUGUUACUUGAGUUUCAUCAACUUUACACAAGCGUACGAGUAUCAUCCCAAGAACUUGGCGGGAAGAAUAUUUGGGAUCAGCAUGGCUCUCUGGGCGCUGGUCAUGACAGCCACUUACACAGCCAAUUUGGCCAGUCUCUAUGUAGACCGGAAACCACAGGUUGUGCAAGUGGACACGGUGGAACAAGCGGCGGUGUUUGGCUUCAAGAUUUGCACGUGGGAGAAUACCAACACGGAUUUGUACGUCAAGGAAAACUAUCCCUCGGCCUAUCGAAUACCCAAAAAGACCAUUGAAGAAGUCUACGACGGCUUGAAUCGUGGGGAAUGCCAGUACGCGUUAGAAACAGUCACGAACUGGGAACUAUCCAGACGCAUACGAUCCUUCAAUCCAACCUGUGAAUUGGAAUGGGUGGGAGAACCUCUCUACCGCAUCAAAGAAGUCAAGGCAGGCUUUGCCAGCAAGGCAGACUCGGGCAAUCUAUGUACCAACUUGGUCCGCGACGUACUCAAUCUACACAUGGAAGCCAUGAAGAACGACGGAUUCAUUGACGAUGCUUGGGAGGAAGACCGCCGGAGGAAACAAUCCAUCAACUGUGACGUAUACGACCCCGAGUUGGAAGCUGCGGCUGCCGUUCUCUCCACGACAGUCUUGUCCGAAUCCGAAGCACCCCCGGACGAGGAAUCGCCCCUGACACGACGACGGCUGCGACGGGAAAGUGCAACACACGAAAGACAAUUACAAUUACAACGGUAUCUCAAGGCAGCCGGCAAGGGAGCAGUGGGAGGUGCCGUUGCAUCCCAUGGCGAUGCCACGGAAGAAUCACAACAACUUACCAUGAACCAAAUGAUUGGAAGCUUCAUGUUUCACUGGGUCACAAUGGUGUUUUCCUUGGCCAUUGCCUUUUGGAACAUGUACUACAAUAAGCACGUCAAAAAGCCGGCCAAACGUCUGGUGAGAGCCGCCACGAUGCGUAAUCUUAACACUGGCAGAAGACUGUCGCCGGGCAGAUUGUCGUCCGAUCAAGAAACCAAAGACUGUUCCGAGCGUGAAUCCACCGAAGAAGGUCGAGAAGACACGAGUGUUUGUGCCUUUACCAACCGUGCCGACGUUGCCACCGCCGCGACUUCUAGUACCCGUACGAGUAGUGGGAGUGCAAAUACGAGUACGAGUGGACGUGUUGUUGACAAAGGCGCAUAUGAUGCCCUCUCCCAGGAAGUCACCGCCAUGAGAAGAUCGCAAAUGCUCAUGGAAGACUACCAACGACAACUCCUUGAGGAACAACGUAUCAUGCAACGGCAGAUUCAAACUCUGCUUUCCAAUCUCCAACCUUCCUCCUUAUCCGAGCGUCCAUCCAGAAUACCCACUGUAUCUACCAUAUCUGCCGCGACCGGCAUGCUUUCCGGCCGUGACAAUGGCACUGUUGAAUUGUACUUACCCGAAUAG